AUGUGGGGGCAUUACCGUGAAAAUUCCUUUAUGUACAAACGUACUCCUACAAAAGAUAAUUCAAAUAUGGAAGAAGACGUGGAAGAAAACUCAGAUCUUUUAGACAACUGUAUGGGUAAGGAAACAUCAAAUCCUUCUUGGAAGCGUUCUUUACCACAUGUACUUGUGGCGACCAUUGCUUCAUUCCUAUUUGGAUACCAUCUCGGAGUAGUUAAUGAACCACUUGAGAGCAUUUCUUUGGAUCUUGGAUUCCAUGGAAAUACCUUGGCAGAAGGCCUGGUGGUGAGCAUAUGUCUUGGUGGUGCCUUGUUUGGUUGUUUACUGAGUGGCUGGAUUGCUGAUGGAGUGGGGCGACGCAGGGCUUUCCAGUUGUGUGCUUUGCCAAUGAUAAUUGGUGCUUCAAUGAGUGCAGCAACAAACAACUUGUUUGGCAUGCUUGUUGGAAGGCUAAUUGUUGGGACUGGCCUGGGCUUGGGCCCUGCUGUUGCUGCUCUGUAUGUGACAGAGGUUUCUCCUGCUUUUGUGCGUGGUACCUAUGGGGCCUUCAUCCAGAUUGCAACAUGCUUUGGUAUAUUGGGCGCAUUAUUUAUUGGAAUCCCUGUCAAAGAAAUUUCUGGAUGGUGGCGGGUUUGUUUUUGGGUAUCUACCAUACCUGCAGCUAUACUUGCUCUGGCUAUGGUCUUCUGUGCAGAAAGUCCACAUUGGUUAUACAAGCAAGGAAGAACUGCUGAAGCAGAAGUUGAAUUUGAAAGGCUUCUGGGUGUAUCCGAAGCAAAGUUUGCAAUAUCACAGUUAUCCAAGGUAGAUAGAGGUGACGAUACUGAUAAUGUGAAGUUCUCUGAAUUGCUUCAUGGUCAUCAUUCUAAAGUUGUUUUUAUUGGAUCAACCCUAUUUGCUUUACAACAGCUAUCUGGUAUAAAUGCUGUGUUUUAUUUCUCUUCAACUGUUUUUAAAAGUGCUGGAGUACCAUCGGAUGUUGCAAAUGUGUGCAUAGGAAUUGCUAAUUUGACAGGAUCUAUCAUUUCAACGGUUUUGAUGGAUAAACUUGGAAGGAAGGUUCUACUCUUUUGGAGUUUCUUUGGCAUGGCGAUAUCAAUGAUCAUUCAAGCCACAGGAGCAAGUUCACUUUUACUAAACACGGGAGCUCUGUACUUAUCUGUUGGUGGCAUGCUAAUGUUUGUCUUUACAUUUGCUCUUGGAGCUGGUCCAGUUCCAGGUCUACUUCUAACAGAAAUCUUUCCCAGUCGAAUCAGAGCCAAAGCCAUGGCAUUCUGUAUGUCCGUACAUUGGGUCUGUAAUUUCCUUGUUGGGUUACUGUUCUUGCGUUUACUGGAGAAACUUGGUCCACAACUGCUUUACUCAAUGUUUGCUACAUUCUGCAUGAUGGCAGUAAUUUUUGUAAAAAGAAAUGUGGUGGAAACCAAAGGGAAAUCACUUCAAGAAAUUGAGAUAGCACUUCUUCCUCAAGACUAG